ACAUCAAAGUCAGCUGAUGUGGUUUGAUCAGCAGAUGCCAAGUAUUUACUUUCCGUGUUUCAUGUGGUUUAUACCAUAUGCUCUCCUAUAUUAGUCUACUACUGUCUGUUUGCUUUUAGCAGUUUGUCAGCCACACACACACAGAGAGAGGAUAGAUACACAGAGAGAGAGAGAGAUCAGAGGAUUUAGGGUUGCAAUCAAUUUUAGAGCAAGUUUGAGGAGUAUUUAAAGCAAGAAAAAGAUUCUUGAUUAAUUAUACUAGUAUUUCAUAGAGAGGAUUCUGGAGAUUGUUAUGUGUAGUAGAAGGGUUUUUCUUGAAUUUGUUUGACAGGUUGAAUUGGGGAUAUGGGCUUCAGAAUUUGGUGAAUCCCAAUGACUUUGGCAACUUCUUUAGUUGCUAUUUCGCAUCGAAUGACAAGCUUGCAUGAUACAGCACUAGAAGGGUUCAUGACAAGUUUAAGCGAAAUUGUGGAAGAGCUAGAAGAGAGGGAAGAGGUCCAAGAGGAGAUGAUCUAUGUUUUGGUGGGUAAAGAUGUCAAGGAGAGUGAAUCCACUUUGAAGUGGGCAUUGAGGAAUUUCGGUGCAAAGAAGCUGUGCAUCCUCCAUGUUCAUCAGCCAUCGAAGAAAAUACCCACGCCAUUGGGUACAUUCUCAACAAGUCACCUAGACAGCGAAAUAGUCAAAAGAUACCAUGAUACAGAGAGGCAGCACAUGCGUAAUCUUCUUGAAACAUACAAGCUUAUCUGUGAGAAAGCAGGGGCCAGGGCAGAAAAACUGCACAUUGAAAUGGACUCUGUUGAGAAGGGCAUCGUGGAGCUCAUAACCAUGCACGGUAUCCAGAAGCUUGUAAUGGGAGCUGCUGCGGACAAACUAUAUUCAAAAAAAAUGAUGGAGCCGAAGUCCAAGAAGGCAAUAUAUGUUUGCUGGAAAGCACCUGUUUCUUGUCACAUUUGGUAUGUCUGCAAUGGGAACCUCAUAUACACCAGGAGAGGUGAUACAAAGAAAGCUGAUUCCAGAGAGUUAUCCCCGCCACUUCCAUCAACUUCUAACAUUCUGUUACAAUCAAGAUCUUCGAGACCAAGUACUGGUCAAGAAUGGAAACUCAACUUAUCAGCACCAUACCUUCGUAAAGUAAGGUCCGCGUUUUCUUCUUCAGAUGCCAAUGGAGGGGUAACUCCUAGAAGCAGUGUAAGCACUGAGGGGAACUCUGAUUGGGAUAUUAUUUCAAGGAGAAGUGCUUCAGUAAAUUCAUGCGUUUCGCAAUAUCCUUCUAGUGAAUUAGUAGAUGAUUUAAGUCUGCUAAAUUUUGCAAGACCUGAGGGAAGCCGAUAUUGGCCAGAGUGUAAUGCGAUUCCUCAUUCUGAAGUCAGUCUUUGUAAUUCAUCGCCUCACAGUGUGCAGGAAGAGAUUUCAAUCAAUAAACUCUAUGACGAGCUUGAAAAAACCAUGGUGGAGGCAGAGAGUUCCAGGCAAAAUGCAUUUGAAGAGUCAAUCAAGCGCAGGAAAGCUGAAAAGCUUGCAAUCGAGGCCAUAAGCAGGGUCAAAGCUUCAGAAAGCUCAUAUGCUGAGGAAUUAAAACGGCAGAAAGAAAUGGAAGAAGCCCUUGCUAGCGGAAAAGAAGAAAUUGAAAAGCUGAAGCCUGAGUUAGAUAAAGUAAAGAAAGAAUUACAGCUUGCCCUUGAACAGAAAUCAUCUCUGGAGUUAAAAAUUGCAACUUCUGAUAAAAUGAUGGAGGAUCUGAAACAAAAGAUAUUUUUGGCUGUUGAUCUAUUGCAACGCUACAAGAAAGAAAAAGAUGAAUUGCUGGUGGAGUGUGAAAAUGCACUUGGUUUAGCUGAGGAAUUGAGGAAAAAACAAGUAGAAUAUACCUCAAUUGAACGCCUGACUCAGUUUUAUGAUGAAUUUUCUCUCUCAGAAAUCAAAGAAGCCACUCACAACUUCGACACGUCCUUGAAGAUCGGAGAAGGCGGUUAUGGAAGUAUCUAUAAAGGUGUCCUUCGUCAUACUCAAGUAGCUAUAAAGGUGCUGCGCUCUGAUAGCUCACAAGGGCCUUUAGAGUUUGAACGAGAGGUCAAAGUUUUGAGCAAGUUGAGGCAUCCAAACCUUAUCACUCUUAUAGGAGCCUGCCCAGAAGCUUGGAUACUCAUAUAUGAGUAUCUUCCCAAUGGAAGCCUUGAGGAUUGUCUGAGUUGCAAGGAUAACACCCCACCACUAUCUUGGCAAACACGCGUUCGUAUUGCUGCUGAGUUGUGUUCUGUACUCGUCUUUCUUCAUUCUUGCAAACCCCGCAGCAUUAUACAUGGUGAUCUAAAACCUGCCAACAUACUUUUGGAUGCGAACCAUGUCAGCAAAUUAAGUGACUUUGGAAUCUGCUAUCUAAUCUCUCAAGAUGAGCAGUCGAGCAACAGAACUGCAUGUUGCCGGCCAGAUUAUCCAAAGGGCACUUUUUCGUACAUUGACCCUGAAUAUCUUACCACAGGAGAGCUUACUCGAAAAUCAGAUGUUUACUCAUUUGGAAUAAUAUUGUUAAGACUGUUGACUGGAAGACCAGCCCUGGGAAUAGCGAAGGAUGUACAAUCUGCAUUUGAUAAAGGGAAUUUAAAAGACCUUUUGGAUGCUACAGCCGGGGACUGGCCAUUUGUGCGAGCAAAGCAAUUGGCUCUCCUUGCAUUGAGUUGUUGUGAGAUGAGUCGUAGUAGAAGACCAGAUUUGAUAUCAGAAGUGUGGAGAAUGCUUGAACCGAUGAGAGUUUCUUGUGGAGCGUCAUCAAUCCGGUAUGGUUCAGAGGACCAUGUUCAGAUUCCCCAGUUUUAUAUUUGUCCAAUCUUCCAGGAAAUUAUGCAUGAGCCUGUAGUGGCAGCUGAUGGAUAUACAUAUGAAUCUGAGGCUAUUAAGGGGUGGCUUGAGAGCGGAAAUGAUACAUCACCAACGACAGAUCAAAAACUUGCAAAUGAUGUUCUCGUUCCCAACCACGUUCUUCGUUCUGCAAUUCAGGAGUGGCUGCAGCAACGUUAAAAGUUAAAACAGUCUUCCAAGAUUCUUUCUCAUGAAUAGUCCAUUCUUCUUGGCGGUUAGUUUGUAUAGGGUCCGGUCCAGCUUUGGUUUAGCCAAUCUUCUUGUUGUUUUGCAUAGGUGGCGGCAGAUUAUCAUCUUGAUACGAAAUUUGAAAAUUUGUAUAGUAUUAUGGGCAGUAGUAGUAGUAGUAGAAUGUCAUGUGCCGGAGGCGAUAGUAUGACGAGGUGUAUGUAAAACUGCAGAUGUUAGUAAAAGACUGAAAAUUUGUAAUCAUUUUUUAAAGAUUUUGAGAAGUGAA